AGGGGAAGAGGAAAAAAAAAAAAUCACAUUAACAGUAGCAUUGAACAGACACUGCUGCUCUCCUCGCCACUGGUGCGGCCUUAUCUCUGUCCUGUGUACAGUUUUGGUGCCACAAUGUAAGAAAAGUACAAAGCUAUUAGAAAGUAUCCAAAGGAAGGCUGCAAAGAUGGUGGAGGGUCCAGAGGGGAAGCCACAGCAGGAGUGGCUGAGGUCACUUGGUCUGUGAAGCCUGGAGGAAAGUGAGAGGAGACCCCAUUGCAGUCUACAGCUGCCUCAAGAGAAGUGGAGCAGCAGACACUGAUCUCUUCCCUCCACCGACCGUGACAGGACCGAGGGAACGGCAUGAAGCUGAGUUGAGGCAGGUUUAGGUCGCAUAUCAGAAAAAGGCUUUUUGCCCAGCGGGUGUUUGAGCAGUGGAACGGGCUCCCCAGGGAAGUGGUCACAGCACCAAAGCCUGGCAGAGUUCAAGAAGCGUAUGGACAGCACAGCCUGGAGAUGUAGCUGAGCUCUGGUGGGGCCAGCCGCGCUCCCCUGCAGCCUGUGCGCCCGGGGUGGGGGCAGACCCCAGUGGCUCUCGGGCAGGGGACAGGAGGCAGGGAGCCCCCAGCCCGGGUCAGGCCGGGACACAGCUGCUGACAUGCCCAGCUCAGCCUGAAAUCCAGCACCGGGACUGCUACAGCCACUGGCCACGACCAUCUCCAGGCUUGGUGUGUGGGCUGCUGUUUUCAUGACAUCCCCUGGCUCCACCAUUCUGAAUGACUCUCCGUGUGUUGCGAAAGAUUGUGAGAGAUGAUGUACCUGUUGACCUUUUCAGGAGAAUAAUUGGGAAGUAUAGACAAGAUGACGGUCUGUGGUGUGGGUUUUUUAAUUUAUUUUUUGGGGGGGUUGUUUGCUUUAUGGUGUUAUUAAAGAUGGUUUGUAUGGAGUUUAAAAUACCACAUCAAAGCCUAUUCUGCCUUCAAUUUUUUCUUUUCUUUUAUGAUGGCUGGUAAAAGAAAAAAGGGUCAGCUAAGGGUAUCUAAAAUAUUCUAAUUAUGUCAAGGCAAAGCGUCCAUUUUGUUACUGAGUUAACUUUAAUAGCUACAGAAAGAGCUGGUAGAAAGCAUGCAGAACUUAAGGGUGGAAAAAAGCUGGCUAGUGUUUGCACAUGAGACUUGUUAUAAUGUAGUAAGAACUAUUUGAGAUCAGCUUUGUGGUGGCUUGUGUAGCUGCACAUGUCAGCUAGAGGGAAAUAGGGUGUUUAGCAAGAGUUUAUAUGAAGCAGAUGGAUUAUCCUUAUCUCUUGUAGAUGGGAACCUUUAAUAUCAGGUGAAGGCAUAAACUGAGUGGGUCACUGAGCCUUUAAUAAUGAGAAGAGCCUAUGCUCAAGCAUCCUGUGCCCUUUGUUAGGGCACCUGCCUAACAGGUGGACAUAAAUACAGCCCAAUUUUAGUACUUAUGAAAGCUACUAUUUAUAUGUCUAUGUAUGUAUGUAUGAUGAAAACAUUCAAAACUAGGAAAACUUAAAAAAUCAGGCACACUUUUAUAUUUGAUUUUGCUAAUUGAGACUUUUAUGAUGCCCUACACUACACAUGGAGAAGAAACGGUUUAGCUCAAAACUAUGAAUACAGGGAAGGGUGAAAGUUCAUUACCAAAGCCGCUACCUUUUGAAAUACUAUUGAUACAAAAUGUUGCCAGCUCUGUUUUCUGUCAACAGAGACCACUUGAAUGCCCUCAAAAUCAGUGGGCCACCCUGCAGAUUGAGGAGGGAGUAAAAAAGCAGAAGGCGAUGGCACUUGAAAAUUUAAUCUCCACUGGGAUCAUCCAGAGAGAUGAGACCCCCAUGGAAGAGGAGAUUGUUGGCCGGUGCCAAGGAUGUUUCAGCCUUGCUGAUGUCAUGUACUUCUCCAAGAAGGGCUGCGAGGCAGUUGCAGAAGAUGAAGUCACUCGACGGUUCUGCUCCGAGGAGCUGCUGUCCUGGAAUCUCCUCAGCAGAACCAAUGCCAACUUGCACCAUGUCAGCUGGAAACUGGCUGCUAUGUGGGUCACUGGCAUCAUAAUUCGGUAUUGCCUCCUGCUGCCUUUCCGCAUCUGCUUGUCUGUUUUCAGUGUCCUGUUGCUGGUGUUGGCCACUACAGUAGUAGGACAGUUCCCAAAUGGCAGAGUUAAAGGCUGGCUGAGCAACCAGGUCCAGAUGAUAUGUGCCACCUUAGGUGUCCGAUGUCUGAGUGGCCUCGUUCAUUUCCACAACAGGGAAAACAAACCACAGGAAGGAGGCAUCUGUGUUGCCAACCACACAUCUCCACUAGAUGUCCUAAUCCUGGCCAGUGAUGGAUGCUAUUCCUUGGUUGGCCAGGUACAUGGAGGGUUUAUGGGACUUAUUCAAAAAUCCUGCAUGCAAACCUCUCAGCAUGUCUUGUUUGAACGCUCAGAAAUGAAAGACCGUCACCUGGUGAGGAAAAAAAUUAGAGAACACAUUGCAGAUAAGGCCAAGUUACCCAUUUUAAUUUUCCCAGAAGGCACCUGCAUUAACAACACAUCGGUAAUGAUGUUUAAGAAGGGAAGCUUUGAGGUAGGAGGAACCAUCCAUCCAGUAGCAAUCAAGUAUGACCCCCGCUUUGGAGAUGCCUUCUGGAACAGCACAAAGCAUUCUGUGAUGACCUAUGCUUUUAAUGUGUUAACCAGCUGGGCUAUUGUCUGCAAUGUGUGGUACCUGCCACCGAUGGUCAAAGAGGAAGAAGAAGAUGCUGUUCACUUUGCUGACAGAGUGAAGGCUGUCAUUGCUGCUCAGGCAGGAAUGUCUGUGCUUCCUUGGGAUGGGGGACUGAAAAGGAAAAAGGUCAAAGAGUCUUUCAAGGAAGAGCAACAGAAAAAAUAUUGCCAGAUAGUAAUACAAAAUGUAUCUGUGGAAAACAGAAAUAUUUGUUAAAUGCUAUUUAUUUUAUCUCAUUUUUCCAUGACUUAUCUCUACCAGAGAAUAGACUGUUUUUAUAUUAAACCAAACAUGUUUUCCUUCUGUCCCUGUAAGAUAUUUUGCAUGUGACACAGCAGGCAAACCAUAAAGAGAUAUCCUUAUUUAAAGAAAAGUACUAGAAUUUUAAAAAUAGGGAAACAAAAUAUGCUAAUAAAAUUCCCUGUGAUGCUGAGAAGACUCUAUAGUAAAAUUAAUUGUGUUCAUUAAAAUACCACUUUAAAAUAUUUGCAAUACCUUGAGGUUUUAAAUGGUUACUUAUAAUAAAUCACCUCUGUACUGCUAGAGUCUCUCAGGGACUUAGACUAGCAAUAUUCAUGUGAGCCACAGUAACCAUGUUGCUCUAGAGAUAGAUCUCCUGAUGUCAGAAGACAUGAAGCAUUUCACCAAAAUAUGUUUUCUGAACUGCAUGUUGGAGAGGAAGUGUUGGACGUCAGAGAGAAAAAGCAGAUGAAGAUUUUCUCCUUCAUGUCACAAGACCAGGAAUGGCAAUGUAGAAAGUUUUCUGCUGUGACAAAGACCAGAACAGUGUCUAGGGCAGCAUGUCCCUGAUGCCUGGGUGUGUGAAGCUGAGGUAAAUUAAUCACAGCCAAGGACAGUGUCAUAGAAAAUAUGAUGUGUUUUUAAAUCUUAUCUUGUGGUUUUGUUAGAUCCCUUUCUGAGUCUUUUUGUAUGCACUACACAAACUAAAGAAAACCCAUGAUGUGAC